CCCAUGUCACGUGUUUGGUAGCAGUUGCAGAUACACGCUAUCGAUGCCCGAUUGCUGCCGCACUUGCACAUAAGCUUCCGUGCUCUUCCAGCCGCGGCGGGCAGCAAAAACGAGCAGCCUCGGGGCUCUCGAUUGCAGCUAGUGCAGGGAGCAGCCUGCAAGCAACAUGGUGCGCUGCUACGCCAGCCGCGGCGCGCCGUCGCCGGGCACGCUCGACGGCUGCGCCGACUAUAAGCCGCCGCCGCCGAACCUCCACUCCUCAUUACGGCCCCACAUCUUGCCGCCGCACGACGGCGACCGGCUCUACGACUUGCUGCGGGACCUCUGGGACCUCUUGGAUGCGUUGCGGAUGGAGUACUGGGUCACGGGCGCCACGUUGUUGGGCUUGUGCCGCCACGGCGGCCAGAUCCCCUGGCACGCCUCAGCUGCAGUUGCGGUGGGUCCCCUGGAUUCACCUAGACUGGACAAGGAGCUCGAGGAAAUAAAACAGGAGGGCAACUGGACCUUCGAGACUAUUGAAGGUUGUAUAAGAUGUCGGAAGGUCGAGCAACCUUGGCCGUUUAUUGACGUGUACGCGACGGAACUACACGUAAAAGACGAUAUCGACGUGACGCAAUCCGAGGACAACGCGGCGGACCACCUCGCGGAGAUCCGCUACGCGUCGGAAGCCGCGCGGAAAAAACGGCCGGACGACGCGUGGCGCAUCUCAAAACUCUACCCGCUCAAGGCGUGCACGUUUCGAGGGUCUUCGCGGUGUCGUUCUCGCCCACCAGCGCCGCACGACUCGCGGGACUGGCUCGCGCGCGUCUACGGGAAGGCCUGGAAGACGACGGCGCGGCCACCUUCCAUAAAUUACCGUACACAACAGCGGAACGAGGUUGUCGAGGUUCCGUUACUCGAGUCGGACCGCGUCCCGCUCGGCCACCCGUCCCUGUCUCCACUGCCACCACCACCGCCGGCCGCCGGGAAUUUGAGAUAUUAAUCGUGUUGUUUUAUACAUAACUAGAC